AUGGACGAAGGCCAUAUCCUUGGUGAGGACCUACCCCUCCCACCGGCGCGGCUCUUUCAGAGACUUGCUCAGUUGCCCGGGUAUACUUGGGAUCAGUCGAUCGAACCUUUCCACUCAACAUAUAACCACUGGCACGUCUUUGGCCUCCGAUAUGCUGCAGACCCGGAAAUCCUCACCCCGCUUGCGACUUCCUCAGGCCCAUCGAGCAUAGCUCGCAGCUCCCCCCGUACCGAGUCUCGUCCUCCUUUUCGGCAUCACUGGAGAAGCAGCUUGAGCGAAUCUAGCAGCGAGCUAUCGAUUUCUCGAAUCGAUCAUGAUUUUAUCUGGAUACCGGUGAUUGCGAGGGUGUCGUCGCACGUUGUGAGGCUAGAGCGCGAGUUCCAUAUGAUGAGGUCGAUUGUGCAAACCUCCGACCCAGAUUGCAAUCAUACGAUGCGCCCGAUUGACCUUAUCCGUCUACCCUCCGACCCUGGCGACCAAGGACCCCUCCUCGUCGCCAUUUUUGAAUCGCCCGGCCCGAACAUGUUACGAGAGUUGAUCGCAUUUGGUCCGGCAUGGUUUGCGGUCGGUGGUAGGGGCGAGAGUGUGGAGCCGAGCCCCGGAGAGCAGGUUCCCCUCUCAGUUUUCCUUGACUUUUCGAUUGGCGCUUGCGACUGCGUCGAGCUUUUGCACUAUGGACUGAAAACAGUGCAUGGUGAACUCCGUCCAGACGCUUUUCACUUCAACAGAGAGGCCCGAUCUGUGAAACUGAUGAACACUGGAAAUGGCGCAAAGGCAUUUGAUAAUGUGCUCAGCGAGGGCUGGGUUUCAAUCUCGCGAGAGCUGGGAGUCAAGAACAAGCUGCAAUUCAUCGCGCCAGAGCAGACUGGAAGAAUGCCGACGGAACCCGACAGCCGAACCGAUAUUUAUGCUCUCGGGGUACUAUUUUGGACAAUGUUGGUCGGCAAACCCGCUUUCACCGGCUCCGAUCCAGUCGAAGUCGUUCAGAAUGUUCUAGGAAAGAAACUGCCUCCAGUUUCGGCCAAGCGGAUGGAUAUCCCGGAUGCAGUCUCAGCAGUGAUUCAGAAAAUGACACACAGGGCGGUCAAUGAGCGUUACCACACAAUAUCUUCCGUGAAACGAGAUCUAACGCAGAUCUCUCAGCUGCUUGGCGAUGGCAACAGUGAGGCGCUGAAAGAUUUCCAGGUUGCGCAGCGUGAUGUCUCGUCGUUCUUCACUCUUCCAUGCAAGAUGUUCGGGCGACAGGGGGAGUAUGACAGAAUUAUUAGUGUCGUUGAAAAGGUCCAUAAACGCCAACAAGCUGCCUAUGUAAAGGCUAGUGCGCAAGUUCCAGGAAGGCUCGGGUCAACCUCCUCCUUAUCGGAGGGACGUGUUGAUAGCUUCGACCUGGCCUCAGUCUCAAGUGACUCCAACUCAUCAUUACACUUGAAUCCGAGAGCCCACACGAAUGGGGGCGCCUCCAAUCUUGGACGUGUCUCCACCCACGAAUCCCUUCAUAGCACUGAGUCAUCACUUUCCACGCAGAAACCCAUUUCAAGCAAAGCGAAGAGCCCCGUGGAUUCACGCUCAUCUUGGGACAAUGCUAUUGAUCACGAUACUGUCUCUUCUGGGGUAACAAGCUCGCAGAAUCCUGAAAACCCCCUCGUCACAAUCAGCAGACAUAAAACUGCUCACAAGCUUCGCCGCCACUGCAAAUGCGAGGUUAUUACAAUCAGUGGUGCUGCGGGAAUUGGAAAAUCUGACCUGCUGAACCGUAUUCAGCCGGCAAUACGUAAACUUGGAUACAUCGGCAUUGCCCGGCUGGAUCGGGCAAGGAGGGUGCCAUUCGAACCCUUUGCCAAAAUUCUUGCUUCUUUGCUGCGCCAGAUCUUCUCUGAACGCGAUGUCACAACGGAAUAUCACAAUACUAUCCGCUGCGCCCUCCGGCCGAUGUGGGGGACAUUACACCGAGUUCUGGAGCUUCCAGAGCAUCUAAUGUCACCUGGAACCAGCGACAAGCAGAUAUCUCCCAAGUGCACAGCCGCCCAGCACAUCCUGAAAGACAGUACAAGAGGCGAACCAUCGAAACGGCUUCCCCUUCCCCGCCUCGACCAUGGGCAGUCAUCUGUGGAUUUCUUUUUGACCAAUGCUGCCUCGAAGAAUAUGCGGCUCAUGGAGACAUUUUUGGAGAUUCUGAAGACACUUUCCCAUUUCAGAUUGAUUACUGUCUGUGUUGAUGAUCUACACUACGCUGACGACGAGACUAUGGAGUUGAUAAUGAACAUUGUCAAAGCCAAGAUUCCGUGCGUUUUGAUACUUACGAGCAGGAAGUCAGAGCUUGAAUCCGAGGCGAUCAAAUCGCUCUUCGAGGAUGAAAACCCAGCGGUGACACGAAUAGUGCUUAAGCCGCUUUCGGAAGAUGAAGUGAUGGAACUAGUGGCAGCUACAAUGCAUCAACCUCCAUCGAACAAUCUAACGCCCCUCGCAGCGGUCAUUCAGGAGAAGAGCGUUGGAAAUCCAUUCUAUGUGCGAAUGAUGCUCGAAACCUGCUAUAGCAAGAAUUGCAUCUGGUACUCGUGGAAGAACUCGGUAUGGGAGUUUGACCUCGACCGCAUCUUCACAGAAUUUGUGGCCCCAAGAUACGGUGAAGGCCUUGGGAUUGGGUUUAUCACCAGGCGUCUGCAGGAAAUCCCAGCCGGGGCACGAUCAAUUCUUGUAUGGGGCUCACUGCUGGGAAGUCCAUUUUCGUUUUCACUGGUGCAAAAACUCCUCACGAGCGAAUUUCUGUACUCAAGCGAGGACGAUGAGGCAGUAGAUCUCACUUGUCCUCAUAAUUUCAAUCUUAUGAGGCAGUCUGAGGCCGAUAUCAUCGUGGGCUUGCAGAACUUGGUGCAGUCAAAUGUCAUCUUGCCUGGAACGACUGACGAUGAGUUCAAAUUUGCCAACGAUCGGUUUGCACAAGCUGCGUCUUCAUUGACGGAAGGGCGUAACGUUGAGAAGAUGCAUUUUAUCAUAUCGCAAGCAAUGAAGAAGUAUUAUCACGAUGGGCGCAGCCGUUAUGCAAUGGCACGACAUGUUGCUCUGGGGUCUCGAAUAAUCAAGUCUCGUGUCGUCGAAAGACUCGAUUACAGGAAGAUUCUCUGGGAUGCUGCGCAAAUUGCUGCCCAGUCAGGAGCGCGGCCAACUGCCCUUUGGUAUUAUCGCCAUUGCCUCUCCUUCCUCCAAGAUGAUCCAUGGGAUGAUAAUUGCAUCGAUGUUUACUAUGACGAGACUUUACGUCUUCAUCUCGCGGCGGCCGAAAUGGCUUGGUCUCAGGGUCAGCCCUCUGAUGCUCUGACUCUUCUCAAUAAAGUCUUUGAGCAUGCGAAGUCGGCGGUCUGCAAGCAUCGGGCCUACAUAACGAAAGCAAAGAUUUUUGCUCAAAUGGGCGACCACCCCGCCUCAAUGGAAUCGCUGCUCACGUGUCUGGAUGAGCUGGAUGUGCAUCUUCGACAGCCCACGACAUAUGAGGAGUGCGAUGCCGCAUACAGAACCCUCAGAACGCAUCUCGCACAAGCGGAUCUAGACGCAAUCGCCCGUACGCCUGUUAGCAAGGACAUCAACAUGGUCACGAUCGGCACAGUGUUUGGCGAGGCAAUGGCAAUAAGCUUCUGGGACGAUGGGUUGACCUUCUAUCGGAUGGCUAUUGAGAUGAUGAACCUUCAUCUACAAGGGGGAUUUGUGCAGAUCUGUAUCGGUUGCUCUCACCUUGCCAUGAUCGCCUUCAGCCGAUUCCGCGAUUUGGACCUUGCCGUAAGGCUAAGCGAAUUGUCCCUAACUCUGCUCGAGCGAUGUCCCGAGCCAUGGACCAGAAGUCGUGGGUCAUUGGUCCAUAAUUUCUAUGUCGCCCAUCUGCGAGCACCACUGGCAAACACCCUUCCAGCCCUUGAAGCCUGCGUUGAGGCAUCGGCUUCCCUAGGUGAUCCAUACAUCACACUCAUUACCAUGUCAGCAAUGGCCAUGACCAGACUGGCUCUUGGCCAUGAUCUAGUUCAGAUUGAGACAUUUUGCAAUGAGGCUCCGGUGGAAAAUAGCGACUGGGAGAAGGAUACUCGUGGGGGUGCCAGUCUCGUUGUCGUCCGACAAGUUUCGCGGGCUCUACAAGGGAAGACGCAGUAUCGAGACGCCGACACGGUGCUCAAUGACGAGAAUCACAACACCUGCGAGUUCCUCGACUAUCUGGAGAAGAACGCAAGCAACCCUGAUCGGCCCCGUGACCUCUAUCAUGCCCUCUCGAUGAUUCCGCUGUACCUGUACGGACAUCAUGCGAAGGCCAUAGACCUAGCUGCGGGAAUGAUGGAGAGUAUUUCGCGGCUCUGGUCGGCUCGGGCAACCUACACUGUGUACUUCUAUUCAGCCCUCGCACACUUGACGAUCCACAACGAUAAUCCUACUUUGGGCUACCUUGACGGGAAGUUGGAAACAGUCCUGAGAUACAAGGCCGAAAUUGACUUUGUCCGACGUGCUUGCGAUGCGAAUUAUGGAAUGUGGGCUCUGAUUCUAGAAGCACACCUUUUUGAGGCUCGAGACAACCACACGUCUGCGCUUCAAGCAUUCGAGGAUGCGAUUGAUCACUGUCAAGUUCAUCAGUGGCCCAUGGAAGAAGCUCUUGCUCUGGAACUUUAUGGCGAGUUCUUAGUCCGUCGAGGCGCGAAAAGGGCGGCUCGCUCGGUGAUGCAGGACGCGAUUGCCGCUUGGGCCGCAAUCAGUGCUAUCGGCAAGGUCAUGCAGCUGAGUGAAAAACACGAGUGGUUAUUGCGGACGGCGACAAAUUCGAGAAGCGUUGAUGUCGGCUGUCAAACUGUAGACUCACUUCUUACGAUCAACCAGAACGUUGUCGGGCAGGAACACAUUGGCGUCGGUGUCGGUGUCGGUGUCGGUGUUGGGCCAACUCAGACUAUGCAUGAUGAAGAACGGAAACACCGAUGGCUGGAGCAAAGUGGUCUUACGACUGGCGAGCGUUCCCUUGACAUAUCCGGCGUUGGACUCGAUAUCAUUGACUUGUCAAGCAUCCUUGAAUCUAGUCAGGUCAUGUCCUCGGAAUUGCAGAUUGACAGCCUUAUGACGAAGAUGAUCGAAAUCGUGCUGGAAUCGUGCAACGGGUCUGACUUUGCGGUCAUCGCAACCAAUCUCGACAACAACUUUACCAUUGCCGCUGCCGGUGACCUUGAGAAGGGACAAAAAUCUUUCGUUGACGGGUUACCAUUUUCGGAGAUGGAAGAGAAGAUGGCUCAGCAGAUUACGCAUUAUGUCAUGCGCACCAGAGAAGAGGUACUCGUUCACAACGUCGUCGAGGAUGAGCGUUUCUCAAACGUGAGCGAGGCAUAUCAGACCCGAAACCCGCUGGGCCGGUCUGUCAUUGCGUUGCCUAUCAUGCAGGCAGAAAACCUGCUCGGUGUCAUUCAGGUCGAAGGGAAACCGAAUUCCUUCACGCAACGAAAUCUCGUUGUCCUGCAUCUGCUGUGCAAUCAGAUUGGAAUUUCGUUGUCCAACGCGCUUCUCUUCCGAGAGAUUCGCAAAGUCAGCGCUACGAAUGCCUCCAUGGUUGAAACCCAGAAGCGAGCACUCAUGCAGGCACGAGAGGCUGAGCACAAGGCCAAGGUGGCAGAAGCUGAAGCCAAGCACAACGUGAAGCUGAAGGAGGAUGCUGCCAAGGCAAAGUCGAUCUUCCUUGCCAAUAUUUCCCACGACCUGCGGACGCCGAUGAAUGGUGUUAUUGGUCUUUCCGAGUUGCUCAAGGGCACGAAGCUGGAUCGGGAGCAGGAUGAAUAUGUCGAAUCGAUCCGCGUUUGUGCCGACACUCUUCUUACGCUCAUCAAUGACAUUUUGGACUUUUCGAAACUCGAGGCGGGCAAGAUGAAGAUAUCCACCGUUCCUCUGAAUAUCAGGGAGACGAUUUCAGAAGUCGUUCGUGCGCUUCGCUACACCCACAGAGAUCGAGGUCUUGAGACCAUUGAAGAUCUGGAUCAGGUUCCACCGGAUCUUGUGGUACUGGGUGAUCCAGUUCGGCUUCACCAAAUUUUCAUGAACCUCCUCAGCAACAGUUACAAGUUCACACCCAAGGGAUCCGUGACUGUCUCCGCCAAGGUUUCCCGAGACGGUAAAGGGCGUGUGCGCCUCGAAUGCUCAGUGUCCGAUACUGGAAUCGGAAUUCCGGAGGAGCAAAAGCCGCGCCUCUUCAGGCCUUUCUCGCAGGCAGAUAGUUCGACUGCAAGAUCCUACGGCGGUAGCGGGCUUGGACUGAGCAUUUGCAAGGCCAUCAUCGAGGACGUCCUGGGAGGCGCAAUCUGGCUCGAGUCUACUCCCGGUGCUGGCACUACCGUGACUUUCCAUCUGUCCUUUAGCAAGGUCAAGACUGAGAAGACAGCCACACCCUGGGCAAAGGUCCUCGACGACCAGGCCGCUCCUCGACCCACCGUACGCGAUUUGUCCAUGAUUCCUCGCGAGCAAAUCCGGAUAUGCAUCGCAGAGGACAACCCAAUCAAUCAAAAGAUCGCCGUCAGAUUCGUGUCAUCUCUGGGACUCCAAUGCGAAGCAUACAGCGACGGACAGCAGGCAGUCGAUGCGCUAAGGGCACGAUCCGAGGAGGGAAACCCGUUCCAUGUCGUUCUGAUGGAUGUGCAAAUGCCUGUAUUAGAUGGAUACAACGCAACUCGUGCAUUACGCAACGACCCAGAUCCCAACGUCAACGAAGUCCUCGUCAUCGCAAUGACCGCAAGUGCUAUCGAAGGAGACAGGGAGAAAUGCCUGGACGCCGGCAUGAACAACUACCUUCCCAAGCCUGUUCGCUCCAACAUCCUAAGCGACAUGCUGGACAAUUAUCUUGCAGCUAAAAAGACACGCCUGCCAUUCCGCAAGCGAGGAAGCGUCAGCGGCGUCAGCACUGGAUCCGGCAAAUCAACUGGCGUCUCCUCUCCUCUGCCUUCAUCAUCAUCUGGCUCCGACGAGCCGGUCAAGAUUGAAGAAAAUGACGUUAGUCCGUCCUUGUCUUCUUGA